GAGUGUUUGCACAUUCCCGCCUUCACUCAUCUUCACAUUGACAAUCAAAGUGCUAAUUUGAGAAACUUCGCGACCCAACCACAUUUCACUCUGCAUCAUGGCGGACCUCGAUCCAAGCACUUUGUUUGGUGUUAAAGGUUUAGUGGCAGUGAUUACUGGUGGAGGAACAGGCAUCGGUUUGAUGAUUGCUCAAGCACUUGAAGCUAAUGGCGCGGUUGUUUACAUUCUCGGGAGGCGACAAGAGGUCUUAGAGAAGGCGGCAAAGACGGCGAAACAUGGCAAUAUCCAUUAUUUCAAAGCCGACGUAACAUCCAAAUCCGAUCUCUUAGCAGCAGUAGACCAUAUCGCCUCCAAGUCCGGCUAUGUCAACCUCGUAGUUGCAAACUCCGGCAUUACCGGCCCAACACUUCGUACCCUGGACAAAAAUGCAUCUCUGACCGAAUUCAGAGACCACUUGUGGAACUGGGACAUGGAGGAGUUCAACCAGACAUUUGCGCUCAACACCACUGCUGCUUUCUUCACGGUCGUUGCAUUUCUUGAGCUGCUCGAUAAAGGAAACAAAGCUGGCAACCUGCAGCAGAAAAGCCAAGUCAUAUGCAUCGCCAGCGCUGGAGCCUUCAAUCGUGUACCCAUGGCGGGAUAUGCAUAUGCUGGUUCAAAGUCUGCGGCUGUACAUAUCAUGAAGCAGUUGGCAACAAAUCUGGUGCCCUACGACAUUCGCUCAAAUGUGAUUGCCCCUGGCUUAUUUCCAAGCGAGAUGACAGAAGGUAUACUGAAGCAGGAAACCUGGCCCAGAGACUUCAUCCCCGAGCAAAGAGCAGGCAACAUCAAGGACAUGGCUGGUGCAAUACUCUUCCUUACUAGCAGAGCUGGUAGUUACAUCAACGGAAAUGUGCUGCUUACAGAUGGAGGCCGGCUCAGUCUUUUGCCAGCGACGUAUUAGGGAAGUAUCAACCAUAGACAGCACACAUAGACAGAUAUCAGGCUUUUUAGCAGUGGGAUUGCGUUGCUUGAAGAUAGAAUUGGAGCAUAGUAUUAACCUCGAUCAGACGUUUUGCUACCACGACAACUGUAUCCUCCCU